AUGUCUAAUUUAAAAUUUUCAGCUUAUCCACUCAUAAACUGUUUAUUAAAGAGAAAGUGUAUUAUUGUUUUAAUUAAUACGAUUUUCAUUUUAUGUUUUAGUAAAAACAUAGCACACCAUUUUUAUAACAAUGCAAAAAAUUACUUAAAUUUAUACUAUUAUCAUCCACAGACGAAAUAUGGUCAAAAUUAUGGUAACAAUAAAUUAGCAUGGGUUAACAAUGAAGCAACUAAAUUUACUUAUAAAUUAUUGAAAUGCUUUUUAGAUUAUUCUAAGGAAGGAAAUGGAUACAGUUUUAUGCAUAUAAAUAAUACUGCUAAUCUCAUAGACGUUUUAAAUGAAAAUGACGAAAAUUCGAUAAGUGCUGAUGUAAAUAAUGAUGAUUUCUUAAAAAAUAUUGCAAUUCGACAAAAAACUUUAUUAGCAGCUAGUAAUUAUAUUCAAAAUAGACUUGUUAAAAAGCGAACUUUAUUUUCAUUAACGAAAAGCGGUAAAAAAAAAAACAAAGACAAAAAAAAAAACAAAGACAAAAAAAAUAAAAAAAAAAACAAGAAAAAAAAAAAGAAAAAAAAAAAAAAGAAAAAAAGAAAAAUAAAACGUGCAGAUGACGAUGAAGCCGAUUAUUAUAAAAAAAAGAGAAAAAUAUAUAUAGAUGAUGAUGAUGAUGAUGAUGAUUAUAGGAGAAAACGAAAUAUUAAAAAACACAAGAAAAAAAAUAAAAAAUAUGACGAUAUAGAUGAUUAUGACUAUGAUUAUGAUUACAUCUCAGAUAGUGAUGAUUCCUAUGAAAAGAUUAAAUCGAAAAAGAAAAAAACAAAGAAAACGAAAAACGAUGACGAUGAUAUAAAUAAAGACAAUUUAAAAAAAAAAAAACAGGAGCUUGAAGAAGUUAAUAAAGUUGCUCACGAAUUGGAAGAAAAGAAAGAUAUUCUAGAGAAUGCGGAAAAACACAUGGUAGCAUUAUUAACAUCUAUACAUUCAUUGGAGGCAUCACCGUAG